AUGAUUUGCACUACUUUAAUGCAUCCCUACCAACACCGGUUCUUUCUUCUUGGUAUGGGAAGGAAACUAAGAAUGAAUACUGCGCCUUGUUCUGCGGUGGGUGGGGACGGCCUAGAAAUUGUACUUUGCAAAACAACCCAUACAUCCAAGCCCGCUCGCUCUCUUAAGAACAAUAGGUCUGCCACCAUGGAUGGAAAAACGCACAAGAGAACAUAA